UGAUGUUUGGUUUUCUCUUCUCUCUCCCCCCCCCCUUCCUCCUCCAUCCUCCUCCUCCUCAAGCUGUUUCCGGGUCAAUGCAGGACGCGGCGGCCGGACGGGGAGCCUGAAACGGUGGGGUCCGGUGAGGAAAGUAAAUUACCUGGAUCUGUGAUAUUUCUCCUCUGAAAAGAUGAAGGGAUGAAUGGAUUCUGCUGAGACUUGCACCUGGUAACCUGGCAAGAGCGGAUGCUGAGACCGAAUUUCAGGAAGGGACCAUGGAUCAUGCCACUGGAAGAAGUUUCAUGCAAGUUCUCUGUGAGAAAUACAGCCCUGAAAACUUUCCGUACCGUCGUGGUCCCGGGAUGGGCGUGCACGUCCCAGCUACACCACAGGGUUCACCUAUGAAAGAUCGUCUCAACCUGCCUAGCGUGCUGGUGUUGAACAGCUGUGGGAUAACCUGUGCAGGGGAAGAGAAUGAGAUUGCUGCCUUCUGUGCUCACGUGUCCGAACUCGACCUUUCUGACAAUAAGCUAGAAGACUGGCACGAGGUCAGUAAAAUUGUGUCGAAUGUCCCGCACUUGGAAUUUCUAAACCUGAGUUCCAACCCCCUGAACUUGUCGGUAUUAGACAGGACGUGUGCUGGGUCUUUUGCCGGCGUCCGUAAACUUGUGCUCAACAACAGCAAAGCUUCCUGGGAAACGGUCCAUACGAUACUGCAAGAAUUACCAGAGUUGGAGGAACUCUUCCUGUGCCUUAAUGACUAUAAAACAGUGUCUUGUUCUCCAGUUUGCUGUCACUCUCUCAAGUUACUCCACAUAACUGACAAUAAUCUCAAAGACUGGACUGAAAUCCGGAAGCUGGGGGUUAUGUUUCCAUCGCUAGACACGCUAGUUCUGGCGAAUAACUACGUGACGACCAUUGAGGACUCGGAAGAUUCCCUGGCGAGGCUGUUCCCGAACUUGCGGUCCAUCAGCCUGCACAAGUCAGGUCUGCAAUGCUGGGGAGACAUUGACAAGCUCAAUUCUUUCCCCAAGCUCGAGGAAGUGAGGUUGUUGGGCAUUCCUCUCCUUCAGUCAUACACCAAUGAGGAACGCAGGAAGCUGGUAAUAGCCAGGUUGCCAUGUGUCACUAAGCUGAACGGGAGUGUCAUUACGGAUGGAGAGCGAGAGGACUCUGAGAGGUUUUUCAUUCGCUAUUACAUAGACUUUCCCCAAGAGGAAGCCCCUUUCAGGAUGAAUUAUCCAUCAUUCUUUCGAAGCUGGGUGGCCUUUUCCUUCAUAAUUGUACGACAGCAAGCUCAGGCCAUGGCGAUUUUGUAUCCAUUCUGGCAGAACGACACCAAAACCCCCAAAGUGGAUGAUGGCAGCUCCCCGGAGAUCAAGCUGUCCUUCCCAUUCAUCUUCUUCGGAGUCCCAUAUAGGACCAUUUUCGUCAACAACAAUGGUGUCGUUUCCUUUAAUGUGUUGGUCAGCCAGUUCACGCCGGAGUCCUUUCCCCUGGCCGACGGCCGGGCUUUCGUGGCCCCUUUCUGGGCUGACGUCCACAAUGGCAUCCGAGGCGAAAUCUAUUACCGCGAAAGCACCGACCCUGCUCUCCUAAAGAAAGUCUCCAAAGAUAUCCGGAAGUAUUUCAAGAACCUGGCAUCGUUCACUGCUGCGUCCGUUUUUGUGGCCACCUGGGAAGAAGUGACCUUCUACGGAGGCAGCAGCACUACCCCGGUGAACACUUUCCAGGCUCUUCUAAUCUCAGAUGGAACAUCCUCAUUCGCCAUGUUCAACUAUGAAGAAAUAAACUGGACCACUGGGACGGCAAGUGGAGGAGACCCUCUAACUGGCCUUGGUGGUGUGAUGGCUCAGGCAGGCUUCAAUGGUGGAAACAGCACCAACUAUUUCAGCAUCCCUGGUUCUAGAACCCCAGACAUAGGCAACAUCGAAGACACAACCAACGUCAACGUGCCAGGCCGCUGGGUAUUCAAAAUCGACGGGAGAGAAAUCGACCCAGCCAAUGGGUGCAGUUUUAGAGGCCAGUUCCUCCGUCAAGGAGAGAUAUUCUGGGAAAGCGCAAACUGCUCUACCAAAUGCCGUUGCCUGGAUUUCAACAACGAAAUCUUCUGCCAGGAGGUGUCCUGCGGCCCCUACGAAAUCUGUGAGCCCAAGGAGAAGUUCUACCAGUGUGUGCCCGUGGAAAGCAGCACUUGUGUGGUGUUCGGAGACCCGCAUUACCACACUUUCGACGGCUUCCUCUUCCACUUCCAGGGCUCCUGCUCCUACCUUCUUGCCCGGCAGUGCUGGCCGGGAUCCACCCUGCCUUUCUUCAGUGUGGAAGCCAAGAAUGAGAAUCGAGGUGCUUCUUCCGUCUCAUGGCUGAAGGAUAUCUCCAUCGAGGUUUAUUCGCACAAGAUAAUCAUCCCCAAAGGCAGCUUUGGGAAAAUUAUGAUAGAUGACUUGGUCAUGUCGCUACCCGUCUUCCUGGAACUGGGCGCCAUCAAGAUCUAUCAGAGCGGCUUGUCGACAGCGGUAGAAACGGACUUUGGCCUUUUAGUGACGUACGACGGAGAGCAUUAUGCUGCUAUUUCAGUCCCGGGCUCCUACAUCAAUGCUACCUGUGGACUCUGUGGGAACUAUAACAAGAAUCCCGAGGACGAUGCGCUGCGUUCGGAUGGAAAACUGGCCACGUCUGUGCUGGAUCUGGGGGAGAGCUGGCGGGUCUACCACCCCGAGUGGAAGUGUUCCCCAGGCUGCUUGGACAACUGCAGCCUUUGUGACGUGGCAAUGGAGUCUCUCUACUUCGGCCCCGAGCACUGCGGCUUCAUCAAUAAAACCGGAGGCCCCCUGUGGGAAUGCGGUGCCAUCGUGGACCCCACAGCAUUUGUGCACAGCUGUGUGUACGACUUGUGCAGCAUCCGAGAUAACGGCACGGGAGGGCUUUGCCAGGCCAUUCAGGCGUAUGCCUUGGUUUGCCAAGCCCUCGGGAUCCCGAUCGGGGACUGGAGAGUUCAGGCCGGAUGUGCUACCGUGGUGCAGUGUCCGGAGUUCAGCCACUACUCCGUGUGCACCAGCAGCUGCUCAGCCACCUGCUCCGACCUCACGGCCCCUGCCGCCUGUACCUCCCCUUGCACCGAGGGCUGCGAGUGUAACGAGGGCUACGUCCUCAGCACGGACCGCUGCGUCCCAGUCCACCAGUGCGGCUGUGACGUGGACGGACAGUACCACGCCGUCGGGGAAGCGUUUUGGGCCUCUGUGGACUGCGCGGUGCAAUGCUGGUGCCAAGACGGAGGCGAGGUCAGCUGCUUUAACGCCACCUGCCAGGAAGGGGAGGUCUGUGCCGUGGAGAACGGCUACCAAGGCUGCUACCCCAAGCGGGAGACGUUGUGCUUGCUGUCCCAGGACCGAGUGCUGCAGACGUUCGACGGCGCCACCUUCGCUUACCCCCUGGACAACUCCUACACGCUGGUCAAAACCUGCCCAGACAGACCCAACUACCUGGAAGUGGACAUCAGCAAAAAGAAGCCGGAAUCGAGUCCCGACUGGCUUCGGACCCUGAGGAUCCAGGUUGCCAGCCAGGAGGUCAAGAUCGGAGGCAUCGACAACUCCGAAAUCAAGGUAAAUGGGUAUGAAGCAGAACUGCCAUAUUUCCACCCUUCUGGCCAACUGGAAAUCUACCGGAGUAAAAAUGGGACAGUGUUUGAGUCAGAAGGGCUGAUACAUAUCCAAUACUCUGACUCCGGCAUGUUGGAGGUCCGCCUUUCCACGGUCUACUUCAACUGUACCGGGGGCCUCUGCGGCUAUUUCAACGGAAACAGCAGUGACGAAUUCUGCUUCCCGAACGGGAAAUGCACGGACAGCCUGGUGGUUUUCCUGGACAGCUGGACAACCUUCAAUGAGAUUUGUAACGGGGAGUGUGGCAACCUGCUCAAGGCCUGCAACAACGAUUCGGAGCUCCUGAAGGACUACCGGAGCCGCUCAAAGUGCGGCAUCAUCAAUGACCCCACCAACAGCUCCUUCCUGGAGUGCCACUCGGUGGUGAAUGUGUCGGCCUACUACCGGACCUGCCUGUUCCGCUUGUGCCAGAGCGGAGGAAACCAGUCGGAGCUCUGUGACUCGGUGGCACGCUACGCCGGCGCCUGUAAGAACGCGGAAGUGGAGAUCGGCCAGUGGAGGAGCUUCAACUUUUGCCCUCUGACGUGCCCCGAGAACAGCCACUUUGAGGAGUGCAUGACCUGCUCUGAGUCCUGCGAGAGCCUGGGGGCGGGGCCCGUGUGCCUGGACCGCUGCGCGGAGGGCUGCCAGUGCGACGACGGCUUCGCCUUCCAGGGCCCCCGGUGCAUUCCCCGGAGCGAAUGCGGCUGCAGCUUUGAGGGCCACCAGCUCUUCACCAACCAGUCCUUCUGGAUGGAUAUCGACUGCCAGUACUUCUGCUACUGCAACGGCUCGGACAACAGCGUCCACUGCGAAAACAUCCCCUGCAAGGAGGACGAGUACUGCCUGGAAGAGAGCGGCCUGUACUACUGCCAGGCCCGCACCGAUGCCUCUUGCAUCAUCUCCGGCUACGGCCACUACUUGACCUUCGACGGGUUUGCUUUCGAUUUCCAGAGCAGCUGCCCCGUGGUCCUUUGCACGACCGUCGGCCGGCAGAGGGCCGAGAGGUCGGACACCUUCCCCGAGUUCACGGUCACUGCCAAGAACGAGGACCGGGACCCUUCCCUGGCCUUGUGGGUGAAGCAGGUGGAGGUGGAAGUCUUCAAUUACAACAUUGUCAUCCACCGAGCCUACAAACACACAGUGCUGAUUAACAACGAGCGCCUUUACCUGCCCUUAAAGUUGGGUCAAGGGAAAGUGAACAUCUUUGCCUUUGGUUUCCACAUUGUCGUAGAGACUGACUUCGGGCUGAAGGUGGUGUAUGACUGGAAGACCUUCCUCUCCGUCACCGUCCCGCGGAGCCUCCAGAACAACACCCACGGCCUCUGCGGGAGAUAUAACGGCAACCCCGACGAUGACCUCCAGACUUCGGGGGGCGCUGUAGUCUCCAGCAUCAAUGAGUUUGGCCACAGCUGGGCCAAGAGGGACCCCUUUUGUCAGGUGGGCUGCGGCGACCGGUGCCCGGCCUGCCGUAAGGUGGAAGGCUUUUGGAAGCCCCAGCAGCUCUGCAGUUUGAUCCCCAGCAAGAGCGGCGUCUUCUCCAGGUGCCACAGUAAGGUCAACCCCACCUUCUUCUACAAGAACUGCUUGUUCGACACCUGCAUCGACGGGGGAGCUGUGCAGACAGCUUGCAGCUGGCUGCAGAAUUAUGCCAGCACCUGCCAAACCCAGGGGAUUGCCGUCACGGGCUGGAGGAACUUCACCUUGUGCUCUGUGAGCUGCCCUCCCAACAGCCACUACGAGAGCUGCGUGAGCGUUUGCCAGCCCCGCUGUGCCGCCAUCCGCCUGAAAAGUGAAUGCAACCACUACUGCGUGGAAGGCUGCCAGUGUGAUCAGGGCUACGUGCUCAACGGGAAGAGCUGCAUCCUGCCGCACAACUGCGGCUGCUACUCUGAUGGCAAAUACUAUGAGCCCAAGCAGCUCUUCUGGAACAGCGACUGCACCCGCCGCUGCCGCUGCUUUCGGCGCAACCUCAUCCAGUGCGACCCGCGGCAGUGCAAGUCGGACGAGGAGUGCGCCCUCCGCAACGGGGUCCGCGGCUGCUUCAGCACGAAGAGCUCCUACUGCAUCGCAGCCGGGGGAGGGGUGUUCCGCACGUUUGAUGGUGCCUUCCUCCGCUUCCCGGCCAACUGCGCCUUCGUCCUCUCCACCAUUUGCCAGAAACUCCCCGACGUCUCCUUCCAGCUCAUCAUCAAUUUUGACAAGUGGUCUUCCCCCAACCUGACUGUCAUCUCACCUGUCUACUUCUACAUUAAUGAGGAGCAGAUCCUUAUCAGCGAUCGUAAUACCGUCAAGGUCAACGGAACACAGGUGAACGUCCCCUUUGUGACUGGCUUAUCAACCAAAAUCUACAGCAUGGAGGGUUUCCUGGUUAUUGACACAAGCCCUGAUAUCCAGAUUCACUACAAUGGCUUCAAUGUCAUCAAAAUCACCAUCAGCGAACGCCUGCAAAAUAAAGUCUGCGGCCUUUGCGGGAAUUUCAACGGGGAUCGGACAGACGAUUACGUCACCCUGCGAGGGAAACCGGUGGUGAGCAGCGUCUUCUUGGCACAGAGCUGGAAGACCAACGGCAUGCAGAAGAGCUGCAAUGAGCUCCAGUACGCCCAGUACGCCGCCGCCUGUGACAACGUGCAGAUCCAGGUUCUGCAGAGUGACAGCUACUGCCUCAGACUGACUGACAUGAAGGGCUUCUUCCAGCCAUGCUAUGGGCUGCUGGACCCGCUGCCCUUCUACGACUCCUGCUUCCUGGACGGCUGCUACAACCAAAAAAAGUACCAGCUCUGCAGCUCCCUGGCGGCCUACGGGGAGGCCUGCCGCUCCUUCGGCAUUCUCAGCACGGAGUGGAUUGAGAAGGAAAAUUGCUCAGGAGUGGUUGAAGAUCCCUGUGUGGGGGCAGACUGUCCCAACAGGACUUGUGAAGUGGACAACGGCGGAGAACUGUGCGGUUGCAUUGAACCUCCUCCGUACGGAAACAACACACAUGAUAUCCUGGAUGCCGAAGUGACUUGCAAAGCUGCCCAGAUGGAAGUGUCCAUCUCGAAGUGCAAGCUGUUCCAGCUGGGCUUUGAAAGAGAAGGGGUGCGCAUCAAUGACCGUCACUGUCCUGGCAUUGAAGGCGAAGAUUUCAUCUCCUUCCAAAUCAAUAACACCAAGGGCAACUGUGGGAACUUAGUACAGUCCAACAGCACCCACAUCAUGUACAAAAAUACCGUCUGGAUUGAAAGCGCAAACAACACGGGGAACGUAAUCACCCGGGACCGAACGAUCAAUGUCGAAUUCUCCUGUGCUUAUGAACUUGACAUCAAAAUUUCAUUGGAUUCUGUUGUGAGGCCGAUGCUCAGUGUGAUUAACCUGACUGUGCCUACGCAAGAAGGCAGUUUCACAACUAAGAUGGCGUUGUACAAAAAUUCCUCCUACAAGCAUCCCUACCGGCAAGGGGAAGUGGUGUUAACAACUCGUGACGUGCUGUAUGUCGGGGUCUUUGUUCUUGGAGCAGACUCCACACAUCUGAUUUUAAUGCUGAACAAAUGUUAUGCAACGCCUUCCCGAGACAGCAAUGACAAGCUGCGAUACUUCAUCAUUGAAGAAGGUUGCCAGAAUAUAAAGGACAACACCAUUGGGAUUGAAGAGAAUGGCAUUUCAUUGACCUGCCGCUUCCAUGUUACUGUUUUCAAGUUCAUUGGGGAUUAUGAUGAGGUUCACCUUCACUGUGCUGUCUCACUCUGCGACUCAGAAAGAUAUUCAUGCAAAAUAAACUGUCCUCAGAACAGCCGGAGGGCCAGUGACUAUACCAAAGAGCUCAAUGAGCAGAUCAUCUCUGUGGGACCCAUCAGGAGAAAGCGCCUAGAUUGGUGUGAAGACAACGGAGGCUGUGAACAGAUCUGCACAAGCCAGGUGGAUGGGCCAUUGUGCAGCUGCGUAACAGGGACCUUGCAGGAAGAUGGCAAGAGCUGCCGAGCAACCAGCUCUUCAACUGGACCUCAAGCCAGGCUGCUUCCGCUCAUUGUCACCCAGCUACCAUUAUGGUGUAUUCUCUAUAAAUCAAACCCAACCUUAUAAUUAACCUGCAGCGUCUAUUUAAAGUACUGUACUCUACUUUAACCGU